UCUUGAUUAACAUUUUCUCUUGAUCAAUAUGACUAAUAACAACACUUCUUCUACAGAAACCGAACCAGUAAAAGUCAGUAACGUGUACGAUGUAACGCAAUUGAAACAUACGCUUGACGAUGAACUUGCCAAGUAUAUUGAAAAGGAAUGUGGAUACAGUCAAAGCCAUCAACAUACGUAUCUCAAGCUUGUGCUAGGAUACGCGUCUGUUUUGAUUGCCGGGGGCUCAUUUCUCUAUGAACGUAAAUAUGGUUUCCAUUAUGACAAAUUCGGUGCUUUGGGUUGUGUAAUCUCGUUUUGGGUCUUGCAGGCUGUCUCUUUGUUGUAUACCCGGUUUGUUGAAAAGAAUGAAAUCUUUGUAGGUUACCUCUAUCACGGCGAUGAACACACUGGCACUCUUAGCGUUACAUCUAUCAUGGAUCGAUAUUCACCUAAUUAUGAACUCAAGUAUCUUUAUACCGAUGAAAAAGGACGCAAGCAUAUUCGAUUGGACAUUACGGCAAGUGUAGCUUCAUGGUUUACAGAGGAUGGUACAUUUUUGGAAUCCAAAUUCCAUCAACAUAUUCAAUCAUCUAUUCAAACUCUUCCUAGUCGUUUACAUAAAGAUUAGUGUAUAUAAAUAUAUAUCUAGUUAUUCUGAAAUAAAUUUAUCUCGUUGGAAGAAAAUAAAAACUUUCAUUUUAUUAUUGAUG